AUGCAGUCACCAUUGAAGAAUGAAUCAAAUGUAUUUGUAUUUGCACUCUCUGGUCUGAAUGAAACAAUGGAGAACAGAUAUGUUUUGUUAUCUUUCACGGCAUUGUUUUAUCCUGUGGUUAUCUUUUGUAAUGUAACAGUGAUUUUGACUAUUUUCUUACAUAAGAAGCUCCAUGAGCCAAUGUAUAUCUUUUUAUGUAAUCUUUGUAUAAAUGGAAUUUUCGGCACUUCAGGCUUCUACCCUAAGUUCAUGUAUGAUUUAUUAGCCCCUGAGCAUGUGAUUUCUUACGCUGGCUGUCUGAUUCAAAUAUUUGUCAUUUAUUCAUCGGUUUUUUGUGACUUUUCCACACUAACCGUGAUGGCGUAUGAUAGGUAUGUGGCAAUAUGUAGACCACUGGAGUAUCAUUCAAUGAUGACCAAUCAAAAAAUACUUAAAUGUGUUCUUUUCUGUUGGCUGUCUCCAUUUUUCUGCAUGGCUGUUCUCAUUCUGUUAAUAGCUAGACUCACUUUAUGUGGCUUUCGAAUUGAAAAGUUAUACUGUGAGAUUUGGGGAGUUGCAAAGCUUUCAUGUUUUUCCACGACUCUAAAUAACGUGUUUGGGUACAUCGUUAUCAUUGCAUAUGUUGGACAUGCAAUAUUGAUAUUUUGUUCAUACAUUUACUUGAUUAGAAAGUGUCAGAAGUCAAUAGAGAGCAGGCACAAGUUCAUGCAGACAUGUGUGCCACAUAUGAUUUCGUUGCUCAACGUGACUGUUGCUUUUUUGUUUGAUGUACUCUUCAGUCGUUAUGGGUCAAAGAAUGUGUCUCAAAAUCUACGCAAUUUCAUGGCUCUUGAAUUCAUACUCAUUCCACCCUUUUUAAAUCCUCUCAUUUAUGGGUUAAAUCUCACCGCAGUACGCCAGGAAGUUAUACGAUUGUUUUCCAGAAAACAACUGGAGAUAUCUAAGUGA